UUCGUUAAAUUUGUAACAGCCGUGAAGUAAACAUCAGUCGUUUAAAGCUUUUCGACACGACAGUGUGUACGCUUCGGAAGAUAUUGACAAUAAACAAAAUAUUCCACAUCAACGCAUAAAAAUUCUAUAAAAAGAUGGCCGAUGAUUCAGUACCUGUUCUUGGUGGCUCUAGGCCCGUAUCCAAUUUCGAAGAAAUCGAGAAAACCUUAAACAAUUCUUUGUCUAAAUUGGCAGCUGGUGAUGGUCCCAACUACAAAUUGGUGAAAAUUUAUUCGGGUGAAGUUCAAGUGGUUUCGGGCUUAUCAACCCGAAUCGAAGCAGAUCUAAUGGAUGAAAACGGCACAACUAAGAGAUUUAAAGUUUGCAUUUGGUCCCAACCCUGGCUGAAAAAUGGCGUACAAGUUACGUUUGAGUGUGACGGUGAACCGACGGUGGUCAAAAGUCAUGAUCCCUGAGAGGGAAAUUUGAGAUCAUAUAUAUUUAAUUAUAUUAUUUCUUUUUUUAAGAAAUGAAAGUCAAAAUUCUUAAUAACUUUGUAAAAUUAUUUUUUGUAUAUCCAUGGCAUAUCUGUGAUGCUGUAGAAAUGUCAUUGUGUAAAUAUUUUUUUUUUGAAAAUUAAAUUAUUGUAAAAAAUU